AUCAGUACUAGUUCAGAUUAAUUUUAGGAUUGUACAAUUAGUUUGAUAGUUAAAAGAGAAUAGAAAUGACAAUUUCAUCGGAUUCUCGACUAGUCGUGUCAUUCGGGGAAAUGCUUAUAGAUUUUGUUCCGGAAAUUGCCGGUGUUUCUCUAGCAGAUACAAGGACUUUCGUCAAGGCUGCUGGUGGUGCUCCUGCUAAUGUUGCUUGUGCCAUUGCUAGACUUGAUGGUACCUCCGCUUUCGUGGGCAAGGUAGGAAACGAUGAGUUCGGUAAGAUGCUUGUCGAUAUAUUGAAAAAGAAUGGCGUAAAUAGUGACGGAGUGUGUUUUGACGAUGACGCCAGAACGGGUUUGGCGUUUGUAACAUUAACAAAGGGUGGUGAAAGGGAGUUCAUGUUUUACAGAAACCCAAGUGCAGAUAUGAUGUUUAGAGAAUCUGAACUAAACAUCAGACUGAUAAAGCAAGCCAAGAUCUUUCAUUAUGGUUCCAUAAGUUUGAUAUCAGAGCCAUGUCGUUCCACUCAUUUGGCUGCCAUGAAAAUAGCUAAACAAGCCGGUGCACUACUCUCAUACGAUCCAAAUCUUCGGUUGCCACUAUGGCCGUCAGCCGAGAAUGCUAAAGAAGCCAUUAUGAGCAUUUGGAAAGAAGCUGAUAUUAUCAAGGUUAGCGACAACGAAGUCGAGUUUCUUAUGGAAAACGGAGAUCCAUUAAACGAAGAUGAUAUUCUUAAAACAUUCUGGUUUGAUGGCUUGAAAUUGCUGGUUGUCACCUACGGAAAGGACGGUGUUACAUACUACACCAAGAAAUUCAAAGGAGGCAAAGUGAAAGGCUAUUCACUUAAGAAAGUUGAUACAACAGGCGCUGGUGAUGCAUUCAUGGGGGCACUUCUUCACUCAAUCGCCCAAGACCCUUCUCUCAUUGAGGACGAAGAAAAACUAAGGAAAAUGCUUACGUUAGCUAGUGCAUGCGGAGCAUUGUCAACAACACAGAAAGGAGCAAUUCCUUCUCUUCCGAAGAUGUCGACGGCUCUUGAAUUCAUUGCAAACGAUGGCAUUAUGAAGGAGCCAUUGUUAACUCGUUUAUUUAAUUACUGUCGAAUGCUUUUGGAUGGCUCAAGGCUUGCAAAGAAAUAUAGCUAGUAAUCUCGCUAGUAUCAUACUAGCUAUCAUUCGCUGUAUUUCAAGUAUUGAACUAAAUAAAUAUUUUCUUAUUUUAUUUAA